CCGCGUUGUGUUUCUUCUAGUUCCUGGAGAACUCGUACAAAUCAAUUUUCCUAGCUCCUGAUCUGGAUUGAGGAUUUUAAUUUCACCUUUCCUUUCAUCAAUUUCAAUUACCAUUGUUCCCCCUUCUUCAUCUCUUCACGCAAUUAAGAAAACAUGCUUCAAUCACCAGGCCACUCGCCCCUCCACCUCUCUUCCCCAUCCCCUUCUCCCUCUCUGCAAAACCCUAACCCUAACACUUCAACUUCGUCAUCUUCUGCAGCAAUCGCUCCCAGACUCCCUCCCAAGAACCCCACAGUACUCGAUGAAGAUACGUACGUUGAAGCCCUCGAGAAGAUCAUCGAACGCGACUACUUUCCCGACAUCUCCAAGCUCCGAGAUCGCCUCGAUUGGCUCGAAGCCAUCAAGACUGGUGAUCCAGUCCAAAUCCGUGACGCCCAGCUCAAGAUCAUCGAGCGCCGCCGUGGUGGCUCCGACGUUCCUAAGGUAACCGGUUCUGAAUUUAGAUCCACUGUCACCCCUGGCUCCACUUUCAUGAGAAAUUUCACACCUUUUGAUGAAUUCGAUGGUAAAACACCCAAGACGCAACGUUUUGAUGUUGGUGAUGAAGAGAAUAAUAAGAGCGAUGGUGGUGGUGGUGGUGGUGGGAUUGAUACUUCUUUGGGGCUUGAUCAGUUUUUGUGGAGGUAUACGAGUGAGGAUAAUCACAGCUUCUCGAAGAUUCUGGAGAAGGUGAAUAGGAAGAGGAAAGAGAGGGUUGGGUAUUUGACGGAAGGUGAGAACAAAGAUGAUGUGAAAGGUAUUGAGGAUGCUAAGAGAGAGAGGAUAACUGACGGGUAUGGAACAUCUUAUCAGCCUCCUAGUACAUUGGAGGGAUGGAACUACACGGCGAAGAAUCUGUUGAUGUAUCAUCCUGCUGAUAAGGGUGAGGUUCCAUUGACCGAAGAGGAAAGAGCUGUUAGAAUUAAGGGCAUGACGAAGGAGAUAAGUCGUGCAAAUACUAGGUUCCAUGGUAAAACAUUGGAUUCUAGGCCGAGAGAUGAUGGAACUGUUGAGGUGUUGUAUACGCCUGUUGCCGGUGCUACUCCUGCCCCAAUGUCUCUUAGGGAAGGGGACAAGUUAAAGAAGUAUGAUCUGGAAGAUUUGAGGAAGACUCCGAACCCGUUCUAUAUGGAAUCUGCAAAGAAGGCUGAGAAUGGCUAUAGCUUUGUUAAGACUCCUUCUCCUGCGCCGGGUGUUGAUGAAUCCCCGUUUAUCACUUGGGGAGAGAUAGAAGGGACACCGUUGAGGUUGGACCCAGAGGAAACACCAAUUGAUAUUGGUGGCAGUGCAGAUGGACCACAUUAUAAGAUUCCUUCAGCUCCUGCUAGAGAUGCAAAAGCGCAUUCCCUUUCUAGGGAGGCUGCAAGGAAGAUUAGGGAGAGGUCGAAGAUGUUUCAAAAACUGCCAUUGGCUUCGCCUGUUAGAGGUGGAAGUGCUAGUCCAAGCAUGCGGACGCUUUCUCCCGCCGCUCAGAAGUUUGUAAGGAAUGCAAUUGCGAAGUCCUCAACCUCGGUUGAUGAAUCGCUUCGCGCAAGUUACCGUGGUUCUAGUCCUGCCUUGGCUACUCCUAGAAGCGUUAGUAGAAGUGUGUCAAGGUUUGGUAGGGAUGGGAGUGCUGUUUCUAGGUCUCCAUCUGUUAGAGAGGGUUCUAAUCCUCCUUGGUAAUAAUGUUGUAACAUAGUUUGUUAAAAUUUGAAGAUAAAGAGCAAUAUGAGAAUGACAGAUUUUGCAUUAUAAA